AUGAAAUUAAAAAAAGAAGAUGUAAUAUGUAAUUGGAAAAUAAAUGAAAAUAAAAAUAUUUGUGAUUAUAUAGUAUUAUUUAUUAAUGACCAAGAUUCAUUAACUAUACCAAAUGAUCCAAUUACUUUAACCAAACCAAAAGAGGAGGAAGAAGAAUCAAACGAUAUUAAUCGUGAACAUACAGUUGUUGGAUCAUUAUCAAUAAAAAUUACAUUAUCAAAUACAAAUCUAAUGAAAAUUAAUAGUAUUUAUAUUGAAUCACAAAGUAGAGUUCAAGAAUUUUCAAUAAAUGAUCCUUUAGAUUAUAUUGGUACUCAAAAAUCUUAUCUAUUAGAUGAACAAGAUAAUAAUACUUUAUAUGCUUCCGAAUUCGAUCCAGGUAAUAUUCCACCAACUUCAAUUCUAUUAAUUAAGUUUUUAUCAUUAUUGAAUAAAACUACUACAAUAAUUUCAAAGAUUAUAAUAGAUUGUAGAAUAGGACCACCUAUAAUUAAAAAUAUAAAUGUACCACCACCUUUAAUAAAUCCUAAUAAUCCUAAUAAUAAUAAUAAUAAUAAUUUAAAAAGUAAUAAUGAUAUGAAUAGUUUAAUGUCAUUAAUGUCAAUGUUAAAAGUACCAAGUGGUGAAAAUUUAAAUUCAAAUGUAAUUCCACCACAGCACCCACCUCCUUUUUUUUUAAAACAAUCGCCACCUUCUAAACCAUUACAACAACAACAACAACAACAACAACAACAACAACAACAACAACAACAACAACAACAACAACAACAACAACAACAACAAGUAAUUCAACAACAACAAAUUCAAUUACAAAAAGAAAUUGAAGUUAAUAUUAAACAUUCAAUAAUUGAAAGUGAAAAUAGAAUUAUUGAAUUAAUGGAAAAAAGGUUUGAUUCAAUUUUUAAUAGGAUUGAAAGUUUAGAAAAGAAAUUUGAAAUUUUAAAAAAUAACAACGAUAAAGAAUAA